AUGCGACCCGCGCAAACCGCUCUACGAAAGCACGCUGCGGGAAUGACGUCAUCACAGCGCGACCGCCUGUCAAGCUAUUGGGUAGUGCAGGAACCCUUGGUGCAUUCUGAUGACGUCCCGUCUCCUAGGAGACAGCUUACCACCCAGCGGCCAUUUGUCACCAUGGAUGGUUCUGAAGACUCCAAUGUAGCUGAAGCCAUGGGAUUCUCUGGGUUUGGCAAGAAAGCGCGGACGUUCGACCUGGAGGCCAUGUUUGAGCAAACUCGUAGGACAGCCAUAGAAAGGAGCAGGAAAACACUCGAAGCAAAAGAAGCCGAAGAAAAAUCACAGACAAGUCCAGUGUCCAGGACUGGGGCAUCUGGCUCUGGGAUGAAAAAGGAGAGACAGUCCAGCUCCAGUGACACUGAUGACAGCUCGGACGAUGAAUUCAUUGGCCCCCCAGCACCGGGCAGCAGUACUCAAGCUCCAGAUGAUGAAAUGAUUGGCCCCCCACUUCCUCCCAACUACAAAGACAGUGAUGAGGAUGAUGAUGAGGAUGAUGAAGAGGAUAACGAAGAUGAUGAUGAUAACCCCAUUAAAAGGAUCCCGGACUCGCAUGAGAUCACACUGCAACACGGCUCAAAGACUGUAUCUGCUCUCGGGCUGGACCCUUCAGGCGCUCGUCUGAUCACCGGCGGCUAUGACUAUAAUGUUAAGUUCUGGGAUUUUGCCGGAAUGGAUGCUUCUCUCUAUCCGUUUAGAUCUCAUCAACCAUGUGACUGUCAUCAGAUUAAGUCUCUUCAGUACAGCAUCACUGGAGAUGUCAUCCUUGUCGUAGCCGGGAACUCACAGGCCAAGGUGCUGGACCGAGACGGCUUUCCUGUAAUGGAGUGUGUGAAGGGUGACCAGUACAUUGUGGAUAUGGCAAAUACUAAAGGACAUACAGCUAUGCUCAACGGGGGAUGUUGGCAUCCAAAAAUAAAAGAAGAGUUUCUGACGUGUUCCAAUGAUGGAACUGUCCGGACUUGGGAGGUUUCCAAUGAUAAGAAACAUAAAAGUAUCUUCAAACCAAGAUCUGCCCAGGGUAAACGCGUCAUCCCAACAUGCGCCACAUACAGUAGAGAUGGCAAGCUUAUAGCUGCCGGAUGUCAGGAUGGCACCAUACAGAUUUGGGACCGGAAUAUGAGUGUUCACACAAAGUUCCACUGCCGACAGGCUCACGCACCAGGCACCGAUACCACCUGUAUAGCUUUCUCUUAUGGCGGUACUGUACUAGCUACACGAGGAGGAGAUGACACUUUAAAGACAUGGGACAUGAGAAAUUUUAAGAAGCCUGUUCACAUGACCUCGGGUUUGCCUAGCUAUUUCCCAAUGACAGAUUGCUGUUUCAGCCCUGACGAUAAACUGUUGCUAACUGGGAUUUCAGUGAAAAAAGGUGAAGGCAACGGGAAGCUGUUUUUCUUUGACAUGGUGGAUUUCAAGAAAGCUUAUGAAAUAGCUGUCACGGAUGCGAGUGUUGUCCGAUGCUUGUGGCAUCCCAAGUUGAAUCAGAUCAUGGUGGGCACCAGUAAUGGAUUAGCCAAAGUUUAUUAUGAUCCAGUCAAGAGCCAGAGGGGAGCAAAGUUAUGUGUUGUGAAGACCAAAAGGAAAGAGCGUCAAGCAGAGACUCUUACUCAGGACUACAUUAUCACCCCACAUGCGCUUCCCAUGUUCCGAGAACCACGACAGAGGAGUACAAGGAAACAGCUCGAAAAGGAUCGUCUGGACCCGCAAAAGUCCCACAAACCGGAGCCCCCUGUGGCUGGGCCAGGUCGUGGUGGGCGUGUGGGCACCCAUGGAGGUACCUUGUCGUCUUUCAUUGUGAAGAACAUUGCUCUGGAUAAGACUGAUGAUAGUAAUCCUCGGGAAGCUAUUCUUCGACAUGCAAAGGAUGCAGCAGAGAACCCAUACUGGGUGGCACCAGCAUAUUCAACGACGCAGCCAGAGGCCGUUUUUGCAGAGAUGGAUUCUGAAGAAGACGAACCAGACGAUGAGCCAGAGUGGAAAAAGCGUAAAAUCUGAGAAGGCGACAUUAGAACUGUGUAACUGGAAGCUGAAGAAUCCAUUGUCAUGUGAUGUCUGUAUUUUAUUGCUCAUCUUAUUUUUAUAUGAAUAAAGUAAGCUGUACCACCCAGAGAAUGGGAUUUGUCAAUUACUUAUCAAUGAACGU